UAUCCUAUCCGCGAUACAAUAAAUAAAAAAAAGCGCUGACUGAAGCGGUGUACGAUAAAAAAUAAUGGGAAAUACUAUUAUAUUUGUACAAUAAGUGAGUGGCGAAUAAGGAGGUGUUUGUAAUAUACUUCUGAUAGUAGUAAUGGCUACUGAAGCAGAAGAAAAGUGUUUCGUUUGCUCAAAAGCCGGCGGCAACUUGAACAUCUUCACCACUUAUAACAUCUGCAAUGACAAAGAGGAAUUGUACGUUGAAGUCAUUAAAAACUGUUUCAGCGUUGAGAUUGGGCGGGAUUCAGGUCUCUAUGCGAUGUGCACUGAUUGUAGCAUUAAAUUGAGAAGGGCAUAUACAUUUAAAAAUGAUAUAAUACAAGCAGUGAACAAACUAGUUGUUUUACAAGAUGCUGUUGCAGAAGAAUAUUUAUUAGAACAUACAUUUGAUAAUGACUAUGACAUCAAGUCAGUUCUCAACCCCGAAACCGGGCAAAUAUCUUACACAUUAGACAAAAUCAAUGAAAAUAAAGAAACAAACGAACCGGACACUUAUAUGAUUGAUUUAGAGAAUGACGUCAUAAUCACUAAGAAAGAGGCGGAGAAGAAAGUGAAAAAAACUAAAAGGAAAAACGAUGUUGUUAAAGAGAACUUACCUAACAAUAUUGAAAGUAAGAAACCACGUAAGGCGAAGAAAAAGAAAGAAACUGUAGAAAUUGAUGCUGAGAAACCUAACUUGGAAAAUAUUGUGAAAGAUGAUGUAGAGAAGGCUUGUAAGAAAAUCAUUACCAUAGAAGGGAAUUUGGUUGAUGCAUCAUGUACUAUUCAAGAGGAGAAAAAUAAAAAGCCAAAGAAAGUAAAAAAUGCCAAAAAGCCCAAAUUCACUCUCGAACCGGGCCAAACGAAGUGCUCCCUUUGCACCACCCAGUUUGAAACGAACAAGGCCCUACGGGUCCAUAUGAACGCACACUACCCGGACCAUGUGUGUGGGGACUGCGGGAUGACCUUCGCCAGUCAGCAGAGGCUGCGAUCACAUGUGUACCAGACGCAUAACCAGGAGGAGUCGCCCACAUGCAAGUACUGUGAUAAGACUUUCACCAAUGUAAACACCCGCAACGCACACAUGUGGCGCGUGCAUACCAAAGUCGACCCGUACAAGUGCGCGCAGUGCGGGGAGCGUUUCAAAACGUACCUCAAACGGCUGCGACACAUGCAGGCCGCGCAUGGGGACGUCGUCACGGAGUACCAGUGCCAAUAUUGUGACAAGAAGUUCGCUUAUGCCGCCUACAGAACGAAGCACGUCCGCACGAUCCACCUGGAAUCCCGCCCCCACAAGUGUCAAGACUGUCCGUACAGCUUCGCGCGCCGUCGCGAGCUACACGCGCACCGCGCGACCAAACACGGGGACGGCGAGAUGAAGUACCAGUGCACCGUGUGCAAUAAGAAGUUCUUCUUUAAUACGGCCCUCAAGUUCCAUCUCAAUCUGCAUAACAGACACACCUGCACCCAAUGCGACGCCAAGUUUACCAGCAACGAGAACCUCGAGGCCCACCUGAAGACCCAUGAGCCCCUAGACCAGUCUCUAGACGCCCUGCCGAUCCUGGACUCUUUAGAGUUUAACGACUUUGCCGACUAUGCGCUGGAUUCGGCCUUCUGGGUCCUAGGGAACGAGUUGUAAGGUGUAACUCAUUCGUUGCCAUUGUUACGUCCAUAGGUCAGUCUCUGGCUCAUAGACAUAGUAUAUACAAGUAGUUAUAGACGCGCCACCGAGCGACCGGGGUUAAGAGAAAGAAUAUUCAUAUAAAAUUUGGGCAGCAAAGGAUUUUUUCUCUUUCACUCUUAUAAAUUUCGGUAUUUCGCCAUCGCCUCCUAUCUAUGAUGCCGCCCGGUCGGUGAUAAAGACAAAGCAUGGCACUAUUUUCUCUUUCCUCUUAUAGGAAUCGCAAUAAGACUCUUUCUCUAUCAAAGAGCGUCAGGCCCUUGCUCUGGCUAGACUUGAACCCGCGGUCGGGGCCGGUCGGUCCAGCACUUGACCAGUGAACUUUUGGGUUGAGUAAACAAAUAUCUAGACGUAAAUAAAGGCUAGUCCAGACGGGAUGAUCAUCAUCGGCCGAUUUGAUCAGAAAAUAAACUCAUAACUCUAACAGAAAAUAAAUCUUCGAUUUAAUCACGAAUUUCAAUUUACGCUGAUAUUUGAGCGCUCUGAAUUAAAAAAAUGCAUCAAACGCGUCCGCAUCUCCAUUUUAUCGGUCAUAAUUGGCGUUCAAAUUGGCGUUUGCGUCCACACCACCUGAUUUGAUCAGACAAUUUAAUCAGAUUGGCGAAAAAUUGUUCCCGUCUGGACUGGCCGCUUUUGAUGUACGUAGAAUAAUAUAAUCUUCACGUUUUGAACGGAAACAUUAGGUAAGUAUACAUAAGGAACACUGAAGCUGAAUAAAAAAUAAAAACAGCAGGGAACAUGACUAAAAUACAAAACAUCCCUUUGUGUUAAAAAAAAUCUUUUUUCACUAUCAAUAACAUUAUGGUUUUCUUUAUAUUUAUAAAUUUAUUUAACAACAUAUUACCAUAUUAUUAUUCAAUUAAAACUGAAACUAACUAAGAAUAACAACUUAAAAAACAAAACUACUCUUAAUUAAAAAACAUCUAAAUAAGGCCCACGCGGCAUUGUGCCAAACAUGCUGGCAGCAUUCCCUCGCUGAAUGGCAAUACUUAUGCGCUGCGAGAGAAAGCCGCCAGCUCUCUGGUCACCGGUUGCGUCGACGAGCUUUUUGCUAAGUUCUUUAAAAAAAGCUUUUGCGCUUGGACCCCACGGCCCCAGUGUCUCGACACCAAAUGCCACAAAGUGGUAUUGUGGGCCGAGACCUCGGUACUUUGCGAACUUUUUGCCUUCAGCCGCCCCGUUCCUGGUUUUCUUAGAAUGUAUCAGUUAAACACUGUAUCUAUCUCGCCUCGCUUGGUACAGUCGCCAUCAGAUAUAUCGGAGCGGCCAAGGUGCUCACAAAUAUCUAAACACGCCUCUAUGAGGGCUACCGCGUUUAAUUUCGCCGCUAGGGGCGCUAGUGUAAAUGGAGGUCUUUCAAAAUGUCAAAUGCAUAGAAGUUUUCGGGGUUCAAGCUUUUUUAUCGGGAAUUUUCACUCCUUAUUCAUAAUUGUGGUAAAUCUUUGUCCAUCUUUGAUUUAUCAUGGUAAACAAUAGAUAUAGCUCAAUAAAUGUUAGUGGUUUAAAAAAAGUGCCAACUAAAAUAUACGCAAAAUUAAACAGGUUGAAAAAAAUGUCCCAUUUAGACGUUACCUUUGUGUAUAUUAAAACGUAUUGAUUUUAUAAAAAAUAAGCAUAGAAAAAUUUUGAGAACUGUUUUUUCUGGACCUACAUCUACAGUGGCGCCAACUGGGAAGCACAAAAACGGUAGCCCUCAAUGCGUGUUCAGAUAUUUUUGAGCACCUCAGCCGCUACGAUAUAUCUGAUGGCGAUAGUACAAGCCAACAUGAUUGGCUGGAACUUAAUAUAAAGGUAAUAACUAAUAAGCAAUAUUAGCUAUAAAAUUUAAAUGCAGGGACCGGCCCGCUAUCCCUUAUCGGGGUUUUAUAAGGGUAUUGCAUAAGGCUUAACUCACCAUACCCUUUGCCAGACGAAACCCUUUGUUUUGGUUUUAAAAACCCUUAUAUAAAGCUACCACAUUUGAGUAAUCGGUAGCCCAAAUACCCUUACAAAACCCUUAUCAUCCGCUCACCAACACCUUGCAUAUUGCUUAUAAGGGUUAGCCUUAUAAAGGGCUUACCUUUUAGCAUAUAAGCGUGCUGAUUUAAGUCGUCUACCUUGUUCAUAAAGCACACAUUACUUCGAAUCCGAGCGAUCGUCGGCGGCGACGGCGGCGUUCUUUGACUAGGCACGUAUUUUCUUUCCUUUUCAUACAGUACCGUAGAUAUAUACUAAUCCUGUCUCAUUCACGCAAAGGGAAACCUUUAUAAAAAGCGCUUAAAGAUAAGGGUAACCCUUAUUAAGAGCUAGCCUUAUUUUUGGUUAGCUUUUCGGUAAGGGUUAGUCAAAGGUAAGGGUAUGAAUGGGCUUGCAGUUCAAAAGGGAAAGUCUUUCAAUGUGUUAGCCGUGUUUAAGUGUCGCCCAUUGAAAGGGUUUUAUCGCGGAAAGGGUUGUCCGGUCCCUGUUUAAAUGUAAACAUUUAACAUGUACAUUUCUUGUAUAAUACUUUUUUUUUAAGCCUUGUGACUAUUGUACGUAAUUUUUUGUCACUUGUAAAUUUUGUAAAAUUUUCGAACGAAAGAGACGCGGCUGUAUGUUAGAAUGGAAAAAACCCCAUUCUUACAAAAUUGUGAUUUGUAUUUGAACCCUCUGUGAUAAGUUCAAGUGUAUUUCCUUUUUUUUAAUGAAUCUCAGUUUUGUUACGAUGAGUCUUUUUAAGAGACUAGUAAAUCAAAGAGACUGUCAAUGUUAAAUAAUCUAAAAUAUAAACUAGCACAGAUGAGUUUAGUUCUUUAACCUUUUCGACGCCGUGUCAAACACAAAAGCUGUCACUCGGACGCCACGUCACCAGUGUCAAAACUGAAAUUGAACUUUAUGCACAUGCACGUAGGUCUAUGUUGCUCUGUGGUCUGUGUCGGAUUCGGUCUUUGGCGUUGGACCUGCGGUGCCGAUAUAUUGGUCAUUGGCGUCCAUAAGGUUAACAUUGGCAGUUUUAGAAGUUGAAGUUAAGAUAAGCAGCAUAAGUACGUCAGCAAUUGUAUGAUUAGUUAAAAUUGUAAUUGUAAUUCUUGUAUGUAUGUAGUGUAAUUUUUAAAUACAUUUUAAAUAUGCGAAUAUGCCGCCAUUGGCUUUACCUACGUUGAUCUUAUUAAUUCGCGAUUUAGAUAUUCCCGAAUAGGAAAUAAAAACAGAGAAGUACAAUAAUAUAUCAUGAAACAAAAAUGAAAAACUUGUCAAAAUGUUUGCUACUUUUUUCUAAUCCAGAAUCCAGCUGGCUUAGACAUCUGGCUAAAGUAACUCCUCUUCAAUAGAUGGCGCUUAUCUUUCAUCUAUGAUUGAUAAGGAUCCUGAAUUCCUGACUGAAUUUUUCAGCCAUCUUUUUGCAUAUUUGAAGAUUUUUAUUUUCCCUACAUAACAUAAUAUACACGGUAGUUUAAAAAUAUUCAUAAGUGCAUUCCCGUUGCCAGGGAGGUUUUGGGAUUAUACUGAGCAACUUUUACUUUGGGAACAACCCCGAAAUCGCGAAAAAAGUUUGGCUGUUUCGCCUGUUUCAUACAUUUUGGCUGAUCCAUUUUCUAUUGUAUUGUAUUGUAGUUCGGGCGAUUUUCCACAACUCGACGACUGGCGCCUAUUUUGCGUGACAUGGGGGUGGGCUAGUCCUGCCAGCCCAGCUCCUCGAGGAAACCUAUCAAACCUUUGAUGUUGAGUAGGACCUCGGGGAGGUCUCUCGGGGAUCCGAGAUGUUUUGCCCUGUAUGGGGCCACUCCGCUGCACUCCAGCACCACGUGAGAGGCUGUUUCUUCUGUCUUCAUGCAUCCUCUGCAUAGGGGACUGUCUGUGACACCUGUUAUAAAAAGAUGUUUGUUAAAUAGUCCAUGACCUGUUAUGACAUUGGUUACCAUGCUCAGUCGGGUCUUUCCUAAUUGAAGGAGCACCCUUGUGAGCUUUCCGUUGAUGCCAGGCAUGGCUUGUUUGGCCUGUCUGCAUCCAGUCUGGUUUAGCCAAUGUUCUGUGUGUAGUUUCCCUGUACGUGCCAGCAGCAUUGAGCGUACCUUAUUUUUUAUGGGAGGGUAAUAUUUUUUUCGCGAUUUCGUGGUUG